UAGAAACAAAAAUUUAUAAUAUCAUUUAAAAAACUCUAGGUAAAUCUAAUUAACAAGUGUAAUUUAAUGUUGUUUCAACUAUUAAAACCCGACAAGAUCUUCUAAAAUGUUGCACAUUCCAUUAAUAGUCAAUAUUUUCAUAUCAAUUGGAACAUAUUUAAUGACAUUGCGAAUGAUACCGCGAUUUAAAGAAAUGUUUAUAUCAGCCAGCUUGUAUGGGAAAGAUUUAUGUAAAAAAACUUCAGAUAAAAUACCUGAAUCUCUUGGUGUGAUAUCUGGUUGUAUAUUUCUUGUUGGGUUAUUUUUAUUCAUUCCUAUACCAUUCAGUUUUAAAGAACAAACAACCAAAUCAAACGAAUUCCCUCAUUCGGAAUUUGUCGAAUUAGUAGCUGCAUUGUUGUCAAUAUGUUGCAUGAUUUUGUUAGGAUUUGCUGACGAUGUCUUAAAUUUACGGUGGAGACAUAAACUUUUAUUACCAACCAUUGCAACAUUACCUAUAUUGAUGGUAUAUUAUGUUAAUUUCAAUUCAACGACAAUAAUUAUGCCAAAAUUCAUAAGGCCAUUAAUAGGUCAUUCAUUAAAUAUAGGUGUUCUCUAUUACAUAUAUAUGGGAAUGUUAGCAGUAUUUUGUACUAAUGCUAUCAAUAUUUUAGCUGGAAUAAACGGGUUGGAAGUUGGGCAGUCCAUAGUUAUUUCAAUUUCAAUACUAAUAUUCAAUAUUAUUGAAAUUUUAAAUAACAAUCAAAUUAGUGGACAUUUAUUUUCCAUUUAUUUAAUCACACCAUUUCUAACCACAUCUCUUGCUUUAUGGAAUUAUAACAAAUAUCCAGCUGAAAUUUUUGUUGGCGAUACAUUUUGUUAUUUUGCUGGAAUGACUUUCGCUGUUGUUGGAAUUUUAGGUCAUUUUAGUAAAACUUUGCUUCUAUUUUUUAUACCGCAAAUUGCAAAUUUCUUAUACUCAGUACCUCAAUUGUUUCAUCUUGUGCCUUGCCCAAGGCAUCGGUUACCUAAAUAUAAUAGUGAGACAGAUUUACUUGACAUAAGCUCAACAAUUUUUGUUAAAAAUGGUUUAGGAGUUUUAGGUAGGACAUGUGUUUUUUUGUUCCGUUAUUUUAAACUAAUAAAAUGGCAAGAAAACAAGGAUGGAACCAUCACUACAAAUAAUUUCACAUUAAUAAACUUUGUGUUACAUGUAUUCGGACCGGUUCAUGAAAAAAUUUUAACAAGGAUGCUUUUAGGAUUACAAGUUGUGUGUACAUUAAUAGCUUUCACUAUAAGAUAUCCUAUGGCAAAAUAUUUUUAUGAUACUUGAACUUGCUAUACAAAGAUGUACAUAUGUUUGUAAUCUUUAAUAAAGUGACUGAAAACACUAUUUAAAAUUUUCGUUUAAAUGUAUACUUAAAUCAUAAGAAAAAUCAUGUAAACCAAAAACAUUUUGCAUUAAUUUAUAUUUAUAUUAUAAGACAAUUUAUAUUUGUAUAUUACAUUAUAAUAAAAUGAGCAUAAUUUGAA